AUGGAUAUGAAUUUCAGACAGUAUUGUCAACCAACGAACAUAACUACUGAUAUUCAUGACACAAACGACGGUAAUCAAUUUACAGAAAAUAGGCAAAGAGAAUUCGACAACUCAAGUACAAGUGUAAUAGUUACAAAUCAUGCUGAUGAACAUAUCCCCAUUAAUAUAACCUCUUCAACUAUAUCAACUUCGAUUAUUAAUCCAACUAAAACCUGCAAUAACAAUUACGAUACUAAUGAUAAUAAUAUUGCAAAUAAACUGCCAAUGUGUACCAAUUUUUCACGUAAUAAUACAUUGAAUCCAAUUUUCAACUUUUGGCGUAAUUCCACAAGACGUUCAGGCAAUUGGGGUAGUCGUACUGGUACUAAAAAAUCAUUUGUAUGGAAAUAUUUUUUUCAUCCUGAAUUACAUUUGGGUACUAAAGAUUUAACUCAUACACAAUGUAUUCUAUGUGACAGUUUAUUAGCAUUUAAUAAUUCUGGUACAACAACCACCAUGUUGAAUCAUUUAAAAAGUCGUCAUAAUGAAAUUGUUCAACAAGAAUAUCAACAAACUAAAAAAUCACGUUCCGGUUUUUUAUCAUUAAGAGAAAUUAAUAAAAUGACUAAAUUAAAUUAUAAUUUAACAAGUGAUAAAACGAAAUUAAUUGAUUGGUCAAACAAUUUGAUGACAUCAUCGUCAUCUUCAUCAUCUUCAUCAACAGCAGCAGCAGCAGCAUCAUCAUCAUCAUCUUCAUCAUUACCGAUGACAUCAUCUUAUACAAAUGAACGUAAUCAUCCAACUCUGUCAUCAAGACGUACUCAUCGUGGACGUCCACCUGGUUCAUAUAGAUACUCUGAUUAUACCAUGUUAAAUCAUAAAUUCAGUCAUAUCAGUCAUGAAAAGAAUGAUAAUAUAAAUUGUUUGCUGAAUAUAAACAAUCCGAAUAUGAAUAAUAACUAUGGAGAAAAAAAAGAUACAGUUGAAGAUAACCAAAAUCUAAAUCCAUUUCAAACACAAAUUAAAGUACAUACUUCUAGCCCAUCAUAUGGCUUUAAUAAUGAAAAGGGCACAAAUUCAUCCGAUUCUCUAUGGUCAGUUCCAAAUAUGUUUCCAAUGUUUCAUAAUUCACAGUUAUUUAAUACUUCAUUAUCAUUAGGCAAUAAAGAGUUGACAAAUCCCAAUGAAGCAGCACUAUCCAUGGUUUCCUCAUUAAAUUUAAAUGAUCAACAUAAACAAAAUUCAAAUUUAACAAAAGAUUUAUUUUCUGAAUUAUUUACUAGUUAUCUUUCCACUUCAAUGAAUCACCUUUCAAAUGUACAAUUUAAUUUAUCUGAACUAACUAAUUUAUACAUGAGUGAAUUAUACAAACAAAUUAAUCAACAAUCCUUAUUGUCUAAGAAUGAUCAAAAAAUUGCCAAUCAAUCCAAUCUAACUAAUUGUUUAAAUUCAUUAGAUUUAUCAUCUUCAAAUAAUACAUUAAAACAACAAACUUUUAUCAAUGAAAAUCCAGUACAGUAUAAUAAAUUCCAUACAAACAACACAUUGUCUCAAUAUCAAAAUCAAUUUUUGCAUAAUUCACUGCCUACAACAACAAAUUUCUCUCUAAAAUAUCAUCAUCAAUCAUUACCGUUUGAUUCAAAUGAACCACUUGAUCUUAGUUUAUCUACAUAUAAACAAAAAAUUGAACAAGAAAAAAUGGAAAAUAUUUCCUGUGUUAAAUCUUACCAUGAAAAUUCCCCAGUAUUUAUAAAUGAUCCUGAUAAAACUAAUGAAGACUGGUGUAAUAAUAUAUCAGCGUUUACAAAAGUUCAUCAUCAUCAUCAUACAAAAGAAUCAUUAUCGAAAUCUCCAGAUCAAUCAUCAAAUCAGUCAUUAAUGAAGAAAGAAAAUUUAGAAAUUUCAAAAAAUUGUACAAGUACAAAUGCAACACAUAAUGCAAGUGUAUUCUGUUAUUAA